AUGCGAGAUGAGUGUAUGGUUAGCACAGCUCAGGAAUCAAUGAGGAAUCUCAUAGAAAAGAACAUUCAGGAAUUCAACAUUGAUGACGGAUAUCUGCGAUUCGAUAGUUCUGAAGAUCCUGAACCUCAGACACACUUCUGUUGGGCAUCAAAUCUCGAAUUCACGAAUGCUGAUGACGCAUUUUUCGAGUUCCUGUCUCGUAUGCAGUCAGCUCGUCUUGAUGAGCAACGAUGUGAUCUUUCUAUUCUCGCAUCACGACCAAUCACUGGCCGACGUCAAACGGAUAGUCUAAUGACAACACAAAAUGAGGCUCCGGAAGCUCUAAUUGAUCUACUGAUGAACGCACAAGGACGACGGAUGGACGAACAAAGGGCAACACUGCUACCUGGUUUGAAUAACCAGGAACAAGCUCACGAACUCAUUGAAAAACUUGGUUCGGCAACUGGUGAAGGCAGUGAUUCGAGGAUUGAUGACACUCUCAUUGACAUGCUCAUGCGUGCGCAAAGUCACAGGAUGAAUGAGCAGCGCUCCGAGCUUGCAAGUGAUCGGAAGAACACCGUAGAUGCUGAUUUAUCUGCCGUCACCACUCCGCAAGACGAUGUGUCCGCUUUGGUGAUGCGCAUGCAGUCUUGCCGAUUCGAGGAGCAGCGUGCUUAUCUGAGAACGGAAAGUAAUGAGUAA